AUGGAACCAAGAAUACGUAGAGGUUUCAUAAUUUCGUCUAUUAAUACUUACCCGCUCUACUUUCAAUACAACCAGCAACACUGGCCAUUUAAACUACCUAAACCAACAUCGCAAGGUACACAACAAAUUGCAGCCGCAAAUUUACAACACAAGGCGUGGGUAGCGGUCAACGAUGCGCCAGCGGGACGCACCGCAGCAGGCAGCCAGCACUUCUCGCCGCCCGCCGACAAUCAAGCCGACGAUGUCUCGCCGGACAUAGACGAGGUACCAUUUUCGGGACAACUUUAG